CUAUAAAAAUUCUGCUUGCUUCUCGAACUCAACACUAUUUGUAUGCAAAACAAUCACAAGAGAAUUGUCUGUGGAUAGCCAACGUCCAUCCCUUCUUAGAUGAGCACAGUUUGUUCGAGUUUUUCUCACAGUUUGGUGAAGUCCAACAGGUGGAGCACCAUGUGAUAGAAUCCGGUGCUCUGGUUCGGUUCACUGAUGCCGAUACUUGUAGGAAGAUCUUGUCUACCCCAAUGGACUCUCAGUAUUCCAUCAAGCUCACAAAGCAUGAUUUUCCAACUGCUACGGAAUUGUUACAGUCUGAAUGGCUAACGGAUUACCAGUUGGCAAAGAAGCACGCAGAGGCCGAGCUGGAGGCCUAUUUCAGACAACGGUUAGACAAGAAAACACAAGUUGACGAGGAUGGAUGGAUUGUUGUGGACAAAAAACGUCGAUUCU